CCUUUCGUGGCUCGAUUGCUUUAUUCUGGAUGCAUAUUGGAUUAUUCUGAGAUCGAUUACAUUAUACUGAAGCAAGGCCCGGGCCCCUAACGAAACAGUUCCACAAGACUCGUGAAGUGACAGAUUUUCUUAUUUUACGACUGAUAAAGGCCUAUUUUCUAUAAAUUCGAACACAAUGGCAGACGACGAAUUGGAGGCUAUCAGGCGGCAACGCAUGGCCGAACUGCAGUCAAAACAUGGGGUAAGGGGAGAACAUGAGGGGACCAAAAAUGCAUAGUUCCGACCAUAUAUGGAGAUCCACUAUUCAUUCUGUUGCUAGCUAGCUAGUAGUGUUAGCCUUAUAGCUCAAGUUUAGAGUAUUUUAACCUAUCACCAUCUUUAACGAAUUCUCUAUAUUACUGUUCAUUGCAUGUUUGCAUAGCAUCCAGAUAAUUAUGUACCUAGUUUACGAGCUAGUUAGUUAUAAGAUACUGUAGCUAGAUAGCUAGCUAACGUUAGCAAGCAAACUCAUGCCAUAGUGAGAAACGAGUUAUAGGCCUACCAGUAGCUAGUAAGCUAUAUAAUUUAAUAGAAUCAACAUUUAUGAAUAGCAGACACUUCAACGAAUAGGCGAAACAAAAAUACAUUUAAGUAAUUAACAGGACAAUGACCGCUUGCGUCUUCCACUCCUCUGGGGCUGGGGUUGAGAUAUGCGCGUACCCACCCUACUGCUCCCCUGGUACGCGUGCAUGUGCCCAGGUGUUUAGGUGCACGUCCGAGAGUAGUAUGAAUGUUGUCUUUUCAGACCGAGCCUGUAACAAUAGACUGAACAUCAUUGUUAGUAGCCCACCCUCUGGAUUAUCUAGCAAGCCUGUUUGACACUGAUUUCUAAAGCUCAUUAAGCAAAACACUUGACUGAAUAGAUAUACCUAGAUUAGCCCAAUAUUGGUCUAAAUAAACCUAAAAUUACUCAUUUUAGUCCAAGGACCUUACAUGUUCUGUUUAGAGGCGAGUUGGCUCUGGCAGCCAAAACAGCCAUCAAAACAUGAAUCGAUUCUCAAAUGCGGUACGGUUCAAGAAACUUAAAGCCCUCAAAUUUCGUAUCACAUUACAUACAGUUUACUGUACACUGUUUUAACCGGUUUUAAAACAGUUGCAGCCGAGAGUAUUUUUUAGUGACAACACGUUCUAUCACCUGAAAUAAUUCACACAAGAUAAAAAAAAAUACAUGCAUGUGUGUGUACUUGCCGAGCUCGUGCAUGUGUUUACAUGGUUCUGCCCAUGCUUCGUGAUAGAAAUCUGAAUACAUUACCAGCGCUUAGAAACAUUUAUGUAAUUAUUCUUUCCUGUGGAUAUAUUGUUUAACAUUCCUACUGCCAAAAGGACCAACUGCACGGACAACCGGUAAAGUACAAUAUAAUAUUAUUUUAUUCAACAUUCUGGCUUGUAGAGGUCAUGAGAGGAAUCUUUCUUGACUCAAACGCUCAUUUCUGCCGGAUGUAGAAUUCAAUGCAAUUCAAAGUCCGGUUUCCAGGCAACUGCACAACAGAGGUCAAUGUAUAUUUGCUGAUGGAGUUAAGUCAAAUUUUCUUAACAUAACCAAAGGAGUGCCACAAGGCUCAAUACUAGGCCCUUUACUGUUCACUAUUUACAUGAAUAAUGUUGGUUUGUCCCUGAAUAAAAAUAUCUGGGGCUUACAUCUCUAUGUGGAUGACAGUUAUUUAUUCCCGUGCCCUCUCAGUGCAGCAGGCCAUUCACAAUCUUCAGCUUGGCUUUGAUUCAAUUCAAGAAUCGCUCACUGACCUUAAAUUAAUGCUAAAUGUUGAUAAAACCAAGUUUGUUUUUCUCCAGGUCUCGUAAAAUUGAUGCUAAAGACCUUGAGAGGAGCCCAAAUUUAGCUAGUUCCCCAUUAUAAGUAGCUAGGCAUUUGGAUUGACGAUAAGUUGGCCUUUAAAACACACAUUGAUAAACUGACUAAAAAGUUGCAAGUAAAGCUUGGUUUCCUGUAUACAGUGGCGAUUUUAGCAUGUACAUUUUGGUGGGGCAAACUCAUUAUAAUGUAUGUAUGCCAGCAAAGCCACUACUCAACACUAAACAAUACAUUAAUUGCACUAUAACGGUGACAAACGGUGCCCACAAACUGUUAGGGCCUACAUACAGCUGUCCCAACAGCAGAGCUUUCUUUUCAGCACCAUAGAGUGAAUCCUUACCACAGCUACACCUGGCUAUCAGCGGAGCCUUGUCUGGCAGCGAAAACAGUUAAUUCAGCCUAAUUUCCUGCCUUUAAAAAAAAAACAUAGCUGAUAUGGCUGACUUGCUUAAACAAAUGUGAUUUCUACUGACAAAUUAGAUGUACAAACUAUGGCAUAAGGGAACGAUGAGCAGAUCAUUUCGAUUAAGACAUUAAUGAGCGAGCUAAGACAGAUGUAGUCAAUAUAAUUAUUUGUUCAGCACUUUUGAAAUGUACAGUGACAGAAUUCAGAACAUGGGCCAUUCUUACAGUAUUCUCCCUGUACACCAAGUCAGAACCUUAGGAUAAAUAAAGGGGGCAUAUAAGCAGACAAUGAAAGCUCUUACAAUAUUCGAUGAUGACAUUUCUCUAAAACAGACUAUAGGCUACAUGUGCACCACCAAGUCAGAACAGUAGGCUAAGUUAUGAAGGGGAAAGGGACCAAAUUAUUAGGGUGAGGCACAUGGGCUACUAACAGCUUACUACACAACAUACACUUAUUAUUACUUUCUUAGCUACAGUAUAUAUAUCUCCCUGGCAUAUUAUAUCAUUUAUGCAGCAGCAUACAAUACAUUUUUGGAUUCACCAUUGUGCUUUGCUCACUUGAACAGGAUGGUGGCACGGCGGUCCUUGUGGGCAAAUGUUUUCAUGAAACUUUGUCAUCAAAGUCUGGCAUUCUCAGGAUUUAUGGUGCAUUCAUGACAACCGGGAACUCUGAAAAAAACAAGGUCGAAUCAUGACGUCAGUGAUCUUCAGGUCGGAGCUUUAGAAAGAGGCCCGAGUUCCCGACUUGGAAUUCCGGUUUCGGGGCUGUCGCUGGGCAAUACGGACUUUCAGCUCCCUCCAAAGAUUUUCUAUUGGGUUCAGGUCUGGAGACUGGCUAGGCCACUCCAGGACCUUGAGAUGCUUCUUACAGAGCCACUCCUUAGUUGCCUUGGCUGUGUGUUUUGGGUCGUUGUCAUGCUGGAAGACCCAGCCACGACCCAUCUUCAAUGCUCUUUCUGAGGGAAGGAGGUUGUUGACCAAGAUCUCGCGAUACAUGGCCCCAUCCAUCCUCUCCUCAAUACGGUGCAGUCGUCCUGUCCCCUUUGCAGAAAAGCAUCCCCAAAUAAUGAUGUUUCCACCUCCAUGCUUCACGGUUGGGAUGGUGUUCUUGGGGUUGUACUCAUCCUUCUUCUUCCUCCAAACACGGCGAGUGGAGUUUAGACCUAAAAGCUCUAUUUUUGUCUCAUCAGACCACAUGACCUUCUCCCAUUCCUCCUCUGGAUCAUCCAGAUGAUAAUUGGCAAACUUCAGACGGGUUUGGUAAUGUUUAUGUCCAAUGGCCGAUGAGCACCAAUGCGUUUUAUCUAUAACUUCUCUUCAUAUGACAAGGCUUGAAAAGGAUUUGCCAGUAGACGUGUCGACAUAAUUCAUGAUGAUGACUGCUUGUCUAGCUUGCUAGCUAAGAUUUUGAAAGUAUAAUGUUGACAUGAUCAGUCCAAUCAAAGCUAUGGUAGAUAUAACGUGAUUUGACGUCAUUUUAUCUGUGGCCAAUGACCUUGAGCCUUCUUGGAUGGGCACUUCUAAUGUAAAUCUAUGGCAGCACCCAAGGGGGCUUGAACUUUCUAGCUUUCCCUGUAGAUUUUGCGGUGACGUAGUGUCCCCAUGAGUGACAGAACACUGAGCCAAUCACGGCGCAACUAGAGAAGAUUACCAACCCCUAUGCUCAGUAUUUUCAGCUGGCUGCCUCUUCACCACAGAAAGCACUGAGCUUGGCUGAAACACCUGCAUUUUGGGGCUGCCUUACUCAAGAAAGCAAAAAGAGACCAUGUUUGUAUGUGGCUUUAUUAACUCAAUACAUGUUUUUUUUUUUUUUUUACAUUGUUUGCAAACUGAUAUGUGACACAUAUUAAUGCCAAAAAUAACAUGCAAAACAGCCACAUUUUUAAAUAAAUAAAUAUAUAUAUACAGUAUCUCACAAAAGUGAGUACACCCCUAUUUGAGUAUAUCUUUUCAUGUGACAACACUGAAGAAAUGACACUUUGCUACAAUGUACAGCUUGUAUAACAGUGUAAAUUUGCUGUCCCCUCAAAAUAACUCAACACACAGCCAUUAAUGUCUAAACCGCUGGCAACAAAAGUGAGUACACCCCUAAGUGAAAAUAUUAACACAAAUGUGAGGGGUGUACUCACUUUUGUGAGAUACUGUAUAUAUAUAUAUAUAUGACGGGUCGCCACUGACUGUAUAGAAAUAAAUCCUGUCUCACUUUUUAAAAUAGGAGGAAGAUUGUUGAAGCAAUACUUCUCUGUAAUUGACUAUGGCGACUCAAUCUUAUGUAAUUUCUGUACGCAUCAUUUUCUGUUAUAUAGUUCUGUUGGAUGGGAGUCUCUGACUAACAGAAGGGCCCAACAUUGGCUAUUAUUAAUAUAUAAAGCACUUCUCCAGAAACUCCCAUACUACCCCAUCUCACCUCUAAAUAGGAAAUCUAGUAAGUAUAAUAAUCUCUCUCAAGACUGGUUCAUACUAGAGAUUCCAUGGGUCUCCUCUGAGUUAGGGAAGACUGCUUUCAGUUACUAUGCCCCUCAGUCCUGGAAUGACCUACAGGUUACUCUUAACUUGAUUCUUUGGUCCCAAAAGGUGAAUUUAUGGCUAUAAUAAAAAAUGUGACCAAUGAAGACUGCACUUGUUUUGCUUGAUUGUUUCUACUGCCCUUUUGAAUGUAACAUAAUUUGUUUGAAAUGUUGUAACUGUAACUUUGUAGUGAUCAUGCUGGAAUUGUUGCUCACGUUGCUUGAACUGUUGUUCUCAGGGCACCAUUGCAAAUGAGACCCUGGUCUCAAUGGGUUCCCCUGGUUAAAUAAAGGUUCAUUUAAAAAAAACUAUAAGGUGUGUAGUAAUUUAACCUUUUUAUUAUUUCUCGCAUAUAUAAAAGACACGUUACUUAUGUUUCCAAAACCGUACCGCAAGCAAUGCGUUUUAACGUCCACAACGAGCGUCGAGGCUCUUAACAAAACUCCCCCGGCCAGAAGAUACUAUCGUUAAUAGGUGCUAAAGGUAGUUAGCGUCUAUGAAUGGGUUAUACCUAAAUAUGAGUGACAUGAUGACAGAGAUUAUCAAUCAAAAGAUUGGGGAUGGACAUAGGCACACUAGGAAUCCUUUCCUCCAACAGAGAUGUUUGAUUGAGUUUGAGUUGCUAAUUUUUCAGAGUCUGUCUUGGAACCAAAUGAAUCCGGGGGUAAGCUGCUGUACAGCUACUGUACUGCACAUUGUGUGAUGACAGGGACAUGGCAAAAGGCUGUAUAAUUAAUGACCUGGACUGAGCAAUGCAGCAUGUCUGGCAGUUCUGCCUGUGCUCUUUGAGUAUGUAUGUUUGCAAUAAAGGAAUAGCAAAAUGUUUGAAUGACAGAACCAUUAAGUAUUGUGAAUGGUUUGUGACAUGGUUAUCAAGCUUGAGUGAAGCUUGUAUGUUAAACUAUUUAAAAUGUUUUUGUACUAUUUUGAAAGUUUUGUAUAAAAAGAUUUUCCAGAUACCUGUAAAUAUUAACUUUGUAUUCUACUAUAUUACAGUUCAUUUUAUCCCAGUCCCACUCCCUAUCCCUGUUCCUCUUGGGGUAGGCUGGAUUUGAAGGAACUGGGCAGGUGUAAUCAAUACGGGGAUGGCUCCAACCAGUCUACCAAUAGGCUCCUUCAGAUCUGCAAACUCCAAAGGAGUAGGGAUAGGGGAGGGGGCAAAGGGUUGUUUUCUGAGCUACGUUUUGGUACAGUUUAAACAGUGUUGUUCAAGUCUCUAGUCCCUUUGUUUUAUAACGCUUCGCCAUGGGUGUCAAAAAUUAACAUCAAUAUUAGGAUAGGCUACACUUCAAGAGAGCCGAUUUGCGCUCUCAGCAUGGCUGUGUGAUACAGUAGCCUGUUGGCUAACGCAAAUAAAAUACACAUUCUCUCAAAUAGCCUGUAUCCAGUGGCUGGUCUGUUCUCUUGUUAUUGUUUUUAAAAUAUAUAUAUUUUAUUUUAUACAAUUUAAGAUAAAGGCAGAGUAAUGUGUGGACUUUCUGACGGUCUCUUUCUCCCCUCCCUUCCCAGGACUCUUCAAAUGACCAGCAAGGGCAGCAGGAGGCCAAACAGAGGUUAGUCUUCAUUAUUUAUCCAUCUAAACUUUUAUUCCUGUCAUGCAUUCACAACUCCGCACUGAGUAUAGCUACAUUUCAGAGACACAGAUGUCUCCACUGUUGUUGGUUUAGUUCACAGUUUGCUAAUGUUGCUGUCUUGACCUGCAGUUUGCAGCUCUGGUUUGUGAAGAACUAUGCGAUAGACUAUUUAUAAAGCUAGUCAAUGUGAUAAACAAUGUCUUCGUUUACACAGGCAGCCCAAUUCGGAUAUUUUUUUCCCACUAAUUGGUCUUUUGAUCAAUCACAUCAGAUCUUUUCACGUCAGAUAUUUUUCAGAGCUGAUUGGUCAAAAGACCAAUUAGUUUAAAAAAAUAUCAGAAUUGGGCUGCCUUUGUAAACGUAGUCAUUGUGGCCUAACUAUAAUCUUCUGUUCUGUCUUUUCACAGGGAAACAGAGAUGAGGAACUCCAUACUGGCUCAGGUUCUAGACCAGUCCGCCCGUGCCAGAUGUAGGUCGUUCAUAUCCCCCUGGUUUGAAUAAAUCAUUGAUCUGAUAUUGGAACUUUCAGUACCUACAUCUGGUUAACAAUAGGUGGCGCCGUUGCCUAAAAGUCUGCUAUGUUUUGUUGUGUUGCAGUGAGUAACUUGGCUCUGGUGAAGCCAGAGAAGGCCAAAGCAGUGGAUAAUUACCUCAUACAGAUGGCCCGCAUGGGCCAGCUGGGGGGAAAGGUGAGGGAAGUGGACCUAAGGCAUAUGCGGACAUAUAUCGUUGAACCUACGUUUAAACAAAAUUGGGAUCCCUAACCUAUUUUUUAUAUUUUUUAUUUACUAAAUUAAAAUCAGGGGGUUUUCAGGAUCUAAAGGGGGCUUAGGUGGUGGGUGUGGUCGGUCCGGCUGAAUUUUAGAGAACAUUUUAGAGGCCCCGAUCUUUCCUGCAGUUCUGUGAAUUUUGCCAUGGCUAAUCCUGUGUUCUAACUAUACUGCUAAAUUCAGUAUUUUGGGAAUGUUCUAUUCUCCCUGACUGUCUAGCUUUUAUUUUGGUGAUUUGUUAGUUCUCAAAGAUUAUAUUAUAUAAAAAUGUAUAGGUACAUUAGCUUUUCUGCAUACUUUAUAUCUGGUUUUAGUCUUUUAAGUUUACACUGAAAGUGUUUUUUCCAUCCCGAAAAUGUAUAAAAAAUACAUAUAUAUAUAUAUAUAUAUAUAUAUAUACUGAGUGUACAAAACAUUAGGAACACCUUCCUAAUAUUGAGUUGCACCCCCGUUGCCCUCAGAACAACCUCAAUUCAUCGGGGCAUGGACUCUACAAGGUGUCGAAAGCGUUCCACAGGGAUGUUGGCCCAUGUUGACUCCAGUGCUUCCCACGGUUGUGUCAAGUUGGCUGGAUGUCCUUUGGGUGGUGGACCAUUCUUGAUACACACAGGAAACUGUUGAUCGUGAAAAACCCAGCAGCGUUGCAGUUCUUGACACACCCAAACCAUUGCGCCUGCCACCUACUACCAUACCCUGUUCAAAGGCACUUAAAUAUUUUGUCUUGCCCAUACACCCUCUGAAUGGCACACAUUCUCAGUUGUCUCAAGGCUUAAAAAUCCUUCUUUAACCUGUCUCCUCCCCUUCAUUUACACUGAUUGAAGUGGAUUUAACAAGUGACAUCAAUAAGGGAUCAUAGCUUUCACCUGGAUUCACCUGGUCAGUCUGUCAUGGAAAGAGCAGGUGUUCCUAAUGUUUAGUACACUCAGUGUAUAUUAUUAUUUUAUUUAUUUUUUACACUGUUUGGACUUACGCGACCCGAAAAAAACACUUAGAAUGCCUGCCGGUUCUUUCUCUUCGCUAAUGAUGCGAGUGUGUUCAGUCUUCGGUCUUCUGUGUUUAGAAUAUCCUAGCCUAUUCAUUGAUGAUAGGCCCUGCUUUACUGAAGUUGCAACACACAUGCAAGCCAAGAAAUUGCGAGUUAGAAAAUAUUGAGUCUUAGGAGUCAACGAGUCUAUCCCUAGCGGAAUCGAAUCUUGACACUCAGAAAUGUGAGUUGAAACCAGGAGUCGACGUAGAAGGAGUCAAGGAUUCGAUUAUUUUGGAGUCGAUGCUCCACCACUACGUCAUUGGCGUUGGAAAUAACUGCGAUAAGGGAUGGAGUAGCCAUUACUGCGGUAGAUAGAACUGCAUUGCCCCCUAACGGUCAUACGCAGGACCAUAUUGUGCCUUGUGAAUUCACAUGCAUUUUUAUGAUUUUUUUCGUAUCGUUUAAACGUUUAACCAGAAUUUAUUUUUUCUUCCAUUUGUCACAUCCCUAUGAAAAGCACUGACUUGACCCAUCUGCUAUUGGCUGUUCCUUACAUUUGGAUUGUCUCUUUCAGAUUUCAGAGACUGGUUUGAUCGACAUCCUAGAAAAAGUUAGUCAGCAAACAGAAAAAAAGACAACUGUCAAGGUGAGUCCACGGAUCAGAUACAAUAUCACAAUCUCAGACAGGCUUUUAACUGACUGCGUCCCCUCUCCUCCCCUCAGUUCAACCGACGAAAGGUGAUGGACUCAGAUGAUGAGGAUGAUGAUUGAUGCGUUGAAAGGAGCCCAGGAGCCAGUCAGACGGCUGGCUUAGGGCGGGAUUCAGGACAGGAUAGGUUGGAGCAGGGCUCUGUUCGUUGGCGGCCAUCUUUGACUUGCCAAAGGCCCUGCGUUAGUGAUGCACCCUGGGAUACCACAUCAUCCCCUGUGUGCAUCUGGAACUCAUUACUAUAUUCUCUCUUAUAUCCAUUUUCACCACGUUUGACUUUUUCUCCACCACAAGAAGCAGAACAAAAUGCAAUUUAGGGUAUAUUGCUGCUGAUACAUUUUUUUAGAGACUGCUUUGUGAAUACUGUCUGUGUGGAUUUACUCAGCAAUAGUGAAACCAAACUGGACAGAGCACAUAUUCAACAUUUUUUGUUCAUUUUUGCUGACAGUUUACAUUUUUAAAAAAUUAAAAGCCUUACAUUUGAAUGCUUAUUCCACAAUUAAUUAAACACCGUUUUAUCAUGAUGAUAUUUUGACUUUGAGCUGAGUGCUUGAAGACUCAUUGAUUGGUUAUAUGGGUUUGUACUACACUUGCUUUCAUUAAAAAACAAAGUGUAAUCACAUAAGAAGAGCAAUGGUGUAAGAAUAAAGCCUAAAAUAUAGUUGGUUUUAAAAUGUAGUCAAUCUUCCCUCUUUACAAGGUGUCCUAGGUAGUGUAUUAGGCUAUCCGUUGCAUUACAUUGAAAUGCAUAGACUGAAGUUACAUAGUUGCUUUGACUCACUAGGUUCAAAUGGUCUUUGCUGGAAUGUAUGCAAUAUGUGCAUUGAGAGGCUGAGACAUGUAUUUGUAGCAGGAUUUGUUAAACGAUCUCAAUCGUUAGAAGUCUAUGACAGCACUUGAACUUCCUGCUUCAAUCAUAUUGAACAGGUGCAUCGUGAGACUACACAGAUAUAUGAAUGGUUGCUUAUAUUGUACACCUGCCACAGGUAAUACUCAAUCAAUAUCUGACAGUACACUGAUGUUACAUUCAAGAUGUUAGUGAAUAUUUGGAGAUAAGCUAAUGGGAGAUUUGGUUUCAUGUUCAAAGUGUUCACCCCAAUAAAUAAAUGGCAGCAUUGAUAAAGCAGACAAGGAGUCAUUCUUCUUGAUCAUUGAACACCUGUUCCUCUUAUAAUAAUAAUAAAGAUACACUAG